AUGGGGAAUGUCAGGAUGAGGUGUGGCUGGGAGAUGAGGGGGUCCGUGGGUAGUUGGGUGGAAUCUGAGGUAGUAUCGUUGGAAGGAGUAAGUGGGGUUGGGAGUGUAGUGGUGGGAGGGUGGAAAGGUGAGGUGGCAGCAUUGGAAGGGGGCAUGAAAGUGGAGCUGGGUGAGGUGGCAGUAUGGGAAGGUGGCGUGGUGUCAAGAGAUGAUGUGAAAAGCGAGAUUGUUUACAAUGCAAGCGAGGGGCUUAUGCAGAAGCUUGCUAUGGAGGCAUUUGAAGUUGCCAUGGUAAGGACUAGUGCCCGGAUUGUGGAAGGGGAUCCUGGUAAGGUAAUUUGCAAGGAAGCAGAACGAGUAAAGCCAGCAGCUGUGAUCCUAGGUACCAGAGGCAGAGGAUUCAUUCAAAGUGUACUACAAGGAAGUGUGAGUGAGUAUUGCAUGCGCAACUGUAAAUCAGCUCCGGUUGUAAUCGUUCCAGGAAAAGAAGCUGGAGAUGAGUCGAUGAUCUAGCUAGCGGAGCUCAUGGUAUGUAUAGAACAGUUUAGCCCUUGAUUACUGCUGUGCAAUUUCUUUUAGUACCUUGCUGGAUUAUCUGGACGUAGUAGUUGGAACUUGGUAUGGUUGUAAGACUAAGAAUCAAUUGGCCAAGUCCUACCGUAAAUGGUUAUUCGGAUGAAAUGGUCAAAAUUUAGAAAAAGAUAUGUGGGCUGAAAAGUAUAUUUCAUUCAUACAUG